CGUGAUGAGGUAUCCGUUGCGGUCAACAGGGCUCCUUUAGGCACCCGAUUCGUUGCAAUUCUCUUUCGAGAGGGCACACAAUGCUACAUGACCUUCUCAUAUUUGCGUCGAUAGGCCAGUGAGUAGGCAGGGUACAUGACCCAGCUACAAUGUGUGCCAAGUUCGAAGAACAUUUGCUGUAUCAGUAUGAUGAGGAGACCCUUGUUCACCAUAUUAAUGGAUCCAAAAUAUCUCCAGGGUCAUCUAGCCUGUUCUCCCUCUCACAAAAUCUGGUCGCUAAACGGUACUCUCGCGGCGAGGAAAGUGGUCCCCUUAUAGCAAUAAGGCGAGCGAGACAAUUGGGAAUCCCGGUACCGAGUAUCCAACGAGUCGUCGAAAGUCAUGACCGCCAUAGUAUCUAUGUCAUAUCGGACAGAAUCAGGGGUCGCACCCUAGAAGACGCCUGGAUCUCCUUAAGCUGGCCAAGGUCAUUGCUGCUCGCCAUACAAUUACGGCAAUUCGUUCGGAAGAUGCGGAGCUUGACCUCGAAGACUGCUGGAUCCCUUUCAGACGGAAAAUGCAGGUCUAUGUGGUUGGGUACCUACUAUGGCCUCCCACCUCACGCGAGCUCCGAAACCAUCACGGCAUUUGUGCGAUAUUGGUAUAACGUAUCUUCUUCUCCUUCGCGGAAACGCAGAGCAGCAGCAUACAGAGCGCUGUCAUUAUCAGCAUCAACCAGCACGGCGGCACCCUUAGAACCAGACCGGCAUUUCCCCCUGACAUUCUCGCACCAAGACCUCGCACCCAGAAAUAUCAUUGUCGAUGAAAAAUUUCGGCUUUGGCUUCUUGACUGGGACCAAUCCGGCUGGUAUCCUAUAUAUUUCGACCAAAUUCCGUUGGUGGAUGUUCUGUUGGGUCUCAGUUGGGAUAUACUCCAAGGAGCAAGAAAUUUUUCAUCAAGCCUUGAUGAACUUUACUCGGUUCGCGGUAGACCGAGAUGGUAUCUCAAUGCAAGGGAAGGCAAUGCGUCUUCCAACGCAGCCUAG